AUGGGACUUAAAGAAUGGUUUAGUGUAGCAAUUAGUAGUGAGGAAUUUAAUGAAAUCCGAUAUGAUGACUUAGGAGAGCUCGUUUUAAUAGGUCGUGGAGCUUUCGGAGAAGUUUAUUCGGCAAGUUUUGCAUCUAUUAAAAAUACAGUUGCAGUAAAAAGAGUCUUGCAAUCCUAUCUCGAUAAACAUGAUGUAUUUGAUGCUUUUAUUAAGGAGCCAGUAUAUAACCCACCAUCGCAAUUACCGGUAAACGAAAGUUUGAAUACAUUAUUAUCAUCUAUAAGCACAAAACAUAAUUCGACAUUAAUUUUUGAUGAAAGUCUUGCGGUUCCAUUUAAUUCGAAUAGAAAUAUUCCUCCCGACUAUGGUAAUUGCAAACGUUGCGGAAACAAAUUAAUUGAUGACGAAUGGUGUAAUAAUUGUGAAUCCGAAAAUUUUCGUGAAAAUUUUGGUUAUUGGACGAGUGGCAAUCAACAAAUAGAUGAAUUAAUACAGGAAUCACAACUUAAGGCGAUCAAUAUGUCUAAUUAUAUUGAAUGGAUAGAAAUUGAUCAAUUAGAAGAUAUAGAGCUUAUUGGAAAAGGUGGAUUUUCCACGGUUUAUUCUGCAGUAUGGCGCGACGGAGCGCGUGAAGAAUGGGAUGAGGAAACAGGUCGAUGGGAAAGGGCUUCUAAUACUAAAGUGGCUGUGGCGAUGUCUGAUUCAGCAGAUAGUUCUAUACUAAAAGAAAUUAAAUUACAUGUAUGUUGUGAUAAGGCUAUUCGAUGCUAUGGGAUUACAAGAUAUAGUGGUAAAUAUGGAUUAGUAAAAAAAUAUGCAAAUUAUGGCAGUUUAUAUUCUUUUAAUGUAAGCAGAACUAUUAUUGGGUGGUGGCAAAAAUUAAAGAUAUUAGAAGGGAUUAUUCUUGGUCUGAAUCAAAUUCAUUUAAAGGCAGGUUAUUGUCAUGGUGAUUUACAUUCAGGAAAUAUCCUAAUCGACCAGGAUGAAUUAAGUGUAUCGGUAUUUAGCGCACAUAUUACUGAUUUUGGAUCGUCUAUUCCCAUCGAUUCUG